GCCGAUGGAGGAUGGAGUCGGCUCCGGAGCCGGUGUCCGGCGGGGGCCGGGCGCGUGAAUGAGGAGCUCGGCGCGGCCGACCUUUCUCUUUCGCCUCGCGCCUCUCGCUGCGGCAGGAGGAGGAGGACCCCGCGGAGGAUGCUGCCGGCCCUGGCCGCCCAGCGGAGGGGCUGGGGCUGCUUCUACCAGCUCCACCUGCUGCGGCGGAGGGGCCGAGGCCAGGCGGGGGGACCGCUCGCCCGGGCAGGCUGCCGCGGGUGGCACGUGCCCCUUAAAUUUGGCAGUCUCUUGCCUGUGCUGCCAGGGAGUCGUCUGCCGGUUCAUUCGAGCCAAGUAAGAGUUUAUACCUCCGAUGGUCAGAAGGACCGCACCGGGGCACAAGAUGCAAGCUCCUCAGCCGCUGAAGGCAGUGCGCAGAAAACGGCAACAGCUAGCAGUCAAACGCCACCUUUGCCGCAAACCCCGAUUCAAGUGAAAGUGAAAGCUGUACUUAAAAAGAGAGAAUAUGGACCAAAAUACAUGAAGAAUAACUUCAUCACUGGUGUCAGAGCAAUAAAUGAGUUCUGCCUUAAGUCCAGUGACCUAGAUCAGCUCAGGAAAAUCAGGCGGCGAAGCCCCCAUGACGACACAGAGGCUUUCACUGUGUUUUUGAGGACGGAUGUGGAGGCAAAGUCUUUAGAAGUUUGGGGGAGCCCAGAAGCUCUUGCACGCGAAAGAAAAAGGCGUAAAGAAGCAGAAAUAGAAUACAGAGAGAAUUUGUUUAGAAACCAGAGGUUGCUGAAGGAAUACAAAGAUUUCCUAGGAGAAACUAAGCCACGCUCCAGCACAUCAACUAUGUUUCUGAGUGGACCAGGAAAAGUUGUCAUGUUUGCUAUUUGCAUAAAUGGCUUAAAUUUCUUCUUCAAACUUCUCGCUUGGGUUUACACGGGUUCUGCAAGCAUGUUCUCCGAAGCCAUCCAUUCUUUAGCAGACACUUGCAAUCAAGCUUUACUAGCAUUGGGAAUCAGUCAGUCGGUGAGGACGCCAGAUCCCAGUCAUCCAUAUGGCUUCACAAACAUGCGCUACAUUGCGUCCCUGAUCAGUGGUGUUGGCAUUUUCAUGAUGGGCGCAGGGCUUUCAUGGUAUCACGGCAUCAUAGGUCUGAUGAAUCCUCAGCCCAUAGAAUCUCUUCUUUGGGCUUACUGUAUUUUAGCAGGAUCAUUGGUGUCUGAAGGAGCUACUCUUCUUGUAGCUAUAAAUGAAAUUCGAAGGAGUGCUCGGGCCAGAGAUGUAUCCUUCUACCAAUAUGUCAUGCAGGCUCGUGAUCCCAGCACAAAUGUUGUGUUGUUAGAAGAUACCGCAGCAGUUCUGGGUGUGACGUUAGCUGCUACUUGUAUGGGUCUGACUUCUCUAACAGGUAACCCAUACUACGACAGUCUGGGGUCCCUUGGUGUGGGGACACUGCUGGGAGCUGUAUCAGCCUUCCUUAUUUACACCAACACUGAAGCUCUGCUGGGAAGAUCCAUCCAACCUGACCAGCUACAGAAACUUACAGAGUUACUGGAAAGCGAUCCUGCUGUAAGAGCCAUUCAUGAUGUUAAAGCCACAGAUAUGGGAAUGAGUAAAGUGAGAUUCAAAGCAGAAGUCGACUUUGAUGGACGGGUUGUUACUCGGUCUUACCUGGAGAAACAAGACAUUGAACAGCUGCUACAAGAAAUCCAGCAGGUGACGACGCCUGAAGAAUUAGAGAAUUUCAUGCUGAAACAUGGCGAAAAUAUAAUUGACACUCUAGGGGCAGAAGUCGACCGGCUAGAGAAGGAGCUGAAGAAAUUGAAUCCUGAGGUGCGCCACGUGGAUCUGGAAAUAUUGUAGUCUUCACGGAAGCAGCUGUUAAAGUCUUCCGGAUCGGCCGAACUGAGGAACGGAGCAGCAUCUGACACUGCCGGGAUCUCAAAAGAUGUCAUCACAUUUCAGCUUUCCGGUUUUCUCAGUGCCAGUUUUCCUCCCAGAGUGACGGCUUCCUUUGAACUGGUUUUCCAGGACAGCUGGUUGCCGCCGGAAAGCGUAGCGGAGAGGAAUAUUUUGGGACUAGAAACUUUUAAUUUAAAUAAGUUAUUGAAAUGUCAGUUUCUGAAAAUGCACACUAUAUAUUUGCUGCCCUAGA